CUGCUGUCCCGUCCAAUCAUAUCGCUCCACUGCUGUAUAAAAGCAGCGGGCCCAAAGGGAGUGGACAUGAUCGAGCCAUGGCUUUCCUGUGGAUCCUCUCCUGCCUCGCCUUCGUCGGCGCCGCCUACGGUUGCGGCUCGCCUGCCAUCACUCCCGUCAUCACCGGUUACGCCCGCAUUGUGAACGGUGAGGAGGCUGUGCCUCACUCCUGGCCCUGGCAGGUGUCUCUUCAGGACUACACUGGCUUCCACUUCUGCGGAGGCUCUCUCAUCAACGAGAACUGGGUGGUGACGGCUGCUCACUGCACUAUCAGGACCGGCGACCGCGUGGUCCUCGAAGAGCACGACCGCUCCUCCAACGCAGAGAGCAUCCAGGUGAUUUCUCCCGGCCAGGUGUUCAGACACCCCCAGUACAACAGCUUCACCAUCAAUAACGACAUCACCCUGAUCAAGCUGUCCAGCCCCGCCCAGCUCAACAUGCGGGUUUCCCCCGUGUGCCUGGCUGAGUCCUCCGAUAACUUCCCUGGAGGCAUGAUGUGUGUGACCUCUGGCUGGGGUCUGACCCGCUACAACGCCCCCGACACCCCCGCUCUGCUGCAGCAGGCCGCUCUGCCCCUCCUCACCAAUGCUAACUGCAGCAAUUACUGGGGCAGCAGCAUCACCGACCUGAUGAUCUGCGCCGGAGCGGCCGGAGCCUCCUCCUGCAUGGGUGACUCUGGAGGUCCUCUGGUCUGUGAGAAGAACGGAGCCUGGACUCUGGUGGGCAUCGUGUCCUGGGGCAGCAGCACCUGUAGCACCAGCACUCCGGCUGUCUACGCCCGCGUCACCGAGCUGCGCGCCUGGGUCGACCAGACCAUCGCUGCCAACUGUCUAGGAGCACGGAUGAAAACACAGAGGACUAAGCUCAGGGGGCUCAGAGUACCGUUAGAGGUUAACACACAAGCGCUGGAGAACCGGCCGCCCGCUCCUCUUAUCCUGGUGGUGAUGAUGCCGAUUAUGCACAGGUGCGCGGGGACCACCCUCCAACAGACCACAACCUCAUGGCUCCUCCUGGUGGAAGAAGAAGAAAGCUCCCCACAAGACCAGACUCCAGCACCCAACAAAAGAGAUGUCCCUGCUGUCCCGUCCAAUCAUAUCGCUCCACUGCUGUAUAAAAGCAGCGGGCCCAAAGGGAGUGGACAUGAUCGAGCCAUGGCUUUCCUGUGGAUCCUCUCCUGCCUCGCCUUCGUCGGCGCCGCCUACGGUUGCGGCUCGCCUGCCAUCACUCCCGUCAUCACCGGUUACGCCCGCAUUGUGAACGGUGAGGAGGCUGUGCCUCACUCCUGGCCCUGGCAGGUGUCUCUUCAGGACUACACUGGCUUCCACUUCUGCGGAGGCUCUCUCAUCAACGAGAACUGGGUGGUGACGGCUGCUCACUGCACUAUCAGGACCGGCGACCGCGUGGUCCUCGAAGAGCACGACCGCUCCUCCAACGCAGAGAGCAUCCAGGUGAUUUCUCCCGGCCAGGUGUUCAGACACCCCCAGUACAACAGCUUCACCAUCAAUAACGACAUCACCCUGAUCAAGCUGUCCAGCCCCGCCCAGCUCAACAUGCGGGUUUCCCCCGUGUGCCUGGCUGAGUCCUCCGAUAACUUCCCUGGAGGCAUGAUGUGUGUGACCUCUGGCUGGGGUCUGACCCGCUACAACGCCCCCGACACCCCCGCUCUGCUGCAGCAGGCCGCUCUGCCCCUCCUCACCAAUGCUAACUGCAGCAAUUACUGGGGCAGCAGCAUCACCGACCUGAUGAUCUGCGCCGGAGCGGCCGGAGCCUCCUCCUGCAUGGGUGACUCUGGAGGUCCUCUGGUCUGUGAGAAGAACGGAGCCUGGACUCUGGUGGGCAUCGUGUCCUGGGGCAGCAGCACCUGUAGCACCAACUCCCCCGGCGUCUACGCCCGCGUCACCGAGCUGCGCGCCUGGGUCGACCAGACCAUCGCUGCCAACUGAGCGUGCUCAGCGGUCGGCCUCGCUUCUAGCCUGAUCUUCAAUAAAACACAGAAAC